UAGAGCGUCGUGCUAAUAACGCGAAGGUCGUGGGUUCGAUCCCCCCAUGGGCCAUUCUUUUACUACAUCCAGCUAUGUUUACAUGUUUUCCCUGCAGAGAAAACAAUUUUACGCUACUUAGAGAAUUUUAAUUCAUCAUUACUCUCACCCGGCACGUUGUCAACGAAAGCGAACCGAAGAAAUACGAAAACGAAGGGUAGGCAGCACGAGCACGACGGCAGGGACCGCAGUCGCAACAAGAAAGAAUCCCCGUCAGAAUGGCCUCACUCCGAAACGAAGUCUUGAGGCUGUAUAAGUCGCUUCUACGGGAAGGGAGCAAGUUUUCGAACUAUAAUUUCAGAAUGUAUGCUCUUCGCAAGGUGAGAGACGAAUUUAAAGAACACAAACUGGAAACCGAUCCCAAGAAAAUUGAGGCUUUUCUAACAUUUGGGAAAGAAAACCUCGACGUUGUUAAACGCCAGGUGAUGGUCGCGAAUCUAUAUCGAACAGAUAAUCUCGUGAUAGAAAGGAAGACUGUUUAGUUUAUGUUAAUAAGUACAUUUUGCACCUACCUCAUUUGUGUUUAAGCUGAGAGCAUUUUUUAUUGGCUAGACCUAGUUCUGUUGGUUUUCUAAAUUUGCUACGCUCAUUGGAUUCUUUGCACAAGUAUUGUCUACAAUUUUUCCUUCAUGUAAGUGUGAAAGUAAUAUGGAAACAAGGCCAUAACUGUGAUACAGAUGUGCGUAUUUGUUUGAAUUGUCAUAAAUCUUUUAGUUCUAGAUAAGUGUUUUCUUUUUAAAAUUAUAGAUAUCUAGAUGAGUA